AUGAGUCAAAUACUACAUUCCCAGGAAAGUUCCGGGCGAUUUUGGAACAAGUUCAAGACGUCAACCAAAUCGUUGUCGACAUCUUUGGCACAUUUAUCCAUCAAAACAGAGAAAGACGGUGAUACAGUAGAUUCCACACUAGUUCAUAAGGGCCUGGUCAAAUUCUACGAAAAUCAGCAUCCCUUUCAAGGGUUCCCGGGUUGGCUGGGAGAGAAGGAGAAUUUGCCUAACGAGCGCAAAAUUCUGGAUACUCAAGUGAAGCAUGAUAUGAAAAAGCAAAGCUCCAAUCAUUUUUCUUCAUCCUUCUCCCAGAGAAGGAAAGCUUCUUCAGAAGAUCCCAUGAAUGCACCUGCUCCGAAUGAGAGCGCACCGGAAUACACACCUGCGAGUAAAUCCUUUCAGGAUAUUUAUAACAACUCCACAAGUCCCUCUGGCUCAACACCGAGAGGAACUUCAUCCCGGCCCACUAAACCUUCAGCAGGCCAAGAAUUUAGGACAAGCUUGGGUCGAAGUAAAACAUCGGGCAGUUCUAACGCUUCCGGUACCCCGACGCCGCCACCAGAAGCAACCGGUGGAGUCAUGGCAAUGAAAGAUAGACUAAAAAGGCGCAAGAACGAUUAUGGAUUUUAA